CGAAACUGUUUGUUUUGGUUCAGAAUUUCUCGUAAAUCGUGAAAUUUCCGCCGUGUUUAAAACGUUUUGCGAACUUUUGUUGCGAAAAAGCAUAUUAAAAUGCUAGAAAUAACCUGCAACGAUCGACUGGGAAAGAAGGUUCGAGUAAAAUGUAAUCCGGAUGAUACCAUUGGGGAUCUUAAGAAGCUGAUAGCGGCACAAACCGGAACACGACAUGACAAAAUUGUGCUCAAAAAGUGGUACACAAUUUUCAAGGAUAACAUUAAACUAUCGGACUAUGAAAUUCAUGACGGUAUGAAUCUGGAACUCUACUACCAGUAAAAUAUUGCGAUCGGAAGGGGAGGGAAUUUUUUACUUUAAGAAACUGUAAUCAUAACUGAGCAUAUUUUGAAUGAUUGAAUAAAAUUGGGUAUGAAAACAAAA